GCACUUUACGUAAAGGACGUCGAAGCGUUUCCUGCGUACGUCGCUGUAGUUCGUAAUGGCGGACGCUGUUCAGCUACACCAGGAGGACGUCGAUAUCAAACGUGGAGAAGGUGGAGAUGCACCUUCGUCUGCAGGUGAAGCUCCAGAGCCGAUGGAGAAGGAUGAAGCCGCUGCAGACAGUGACACCAAACCCUCCACCACCACCACAGAGAGACACGUCUCCAUCCAGACUAAACUGGAAGGCCUCGAGACGCUGGUCGACCUCAACGGUGCCGGCAGGAAGUCAUGUCCCCUGUGUCCCGAGGAGAAGUUCAAAGCCUGUUACAGCCACAAACUCCGCCGACACCUGCAGAACCUGCACUGGAAAGUCUACGUGGAGUUUGAAGGCCAGAGGAUGUGCAUCUGCCACCUGCCCUGCAGAAACCUGAAGCCCGGCCUCAGUGGAGAUCAGGCGUCGGGGAGACAUGUGGCUCACUACCACUGUGUGGUUUGUUCAGUCACCAUCGCACGAAAAACCGACAUGGUCAGCCACCUGAAACGCCACGUCAACAAAGGAGAGACGGAGGCCAGCUACUCCGGGAGCUCAGACGUAGCGUUUGAAGAGCCGACUCCGUCCGGUCAGGCCUUUGAAAUCAUGAAGGAGCUGGGGACGAACGUGCAGCUGCUCCCGAACCACACCACGCCGCAGAAGAGCGACACCUACUUCAACCGCAAGAUGAAGACCAACAGGCAGCUGGUGUUUUGCUCGCUGGCCGCUCUGGCCGAGGAGAGGAACCCUCUCGAGUGUCUGGAUGCUUUCGGAGCCACAGGCAUCAUGGGGCUCCAGUGGGCGAAGCACCUCCGCAACGCCGUCAAAGUCACCAUCACGGACAUCAGCGACACCUGCGUCAAGAUGAUCAAAGAGAACUGUGAGCUCAACCACAUCCGGGUGGAGGGAGGCCCGCGAGGCCCCCGGGGGCCCAGCGACGGCGCCGCUGAUGCCGACGGGGCGCCCAUCGCCACGGUGGAGGUCGCCAAGAUGGACGCCAACGUCAUCAUGCACCUGCGGCCUUUUGACUACAUUCACCUGGAUCCGUUCGGCACAGCCGUGAACUACCUGGACGCUGCCUUCAGGAACGUCCGCAAUCUGGGCAUCAUCUCGGUGACGUCCACGGACACGAGUUCACUUUACGCCAAGUCGCCCAACGUCACCCUGCGUCACUACGGCUGCCACAUCGUACGCACCGAGUACUACAAGGAGCUGGCGGCCCGCAUGGUGGUGGCCACCGUGGCCAGAGCGGCGGCGCGCUGCAACAAAGGCAUCGAGGUUCUGCUGGCGGUGGCGUUGGAGCACUUCGUCCUGGUGGUGGUCAGAGUUCUCCGAGGUCCGACGCAAGCCGACGAGUCGACCAAGAAGCUACGGAAACUGGUGCACUGCCAGUGGUGUGAGGAGAGGGUCUUCCUCAAACUGGGCAACAUGGUGGACGACACGCUGCCCUGUAACUGUCAUGGAAGUCUUCCUGGGAAGACGGCGGUUCAGCUCGGACCGCUCUGGUGUGGCGCUCUGUUCAACACGGGCUUCCUGAGGAGGAUGUUGUCGGCGGCGGUGCAGCACAGCAUGGACGACAUCCAGCCCCUCGUCAAGACCCUGAUCUGCGAGUCCGAGUGCACCACCCUCAAGUCUCUGGUCCACGGGCCGUCGGCUCUCACCAACCAGGUGGAGUGUGGAGUCGUCAUCAAGACGCUUCAGAGCGGAGACGAGUCCGGACCCGACCAGUCAGGGAAGAGGAAGAGUGGGGAGGAGGCAGCCAGCGUGGUGAAGAAGAUGAAGUCUGACGCCUCCAUGGAACAUCCUCCUUUCUACUACAGCAUCCACCGGCACAGCAUCAGAGGAAUGAACAUGCCCAAGUUGAACAAGUUCCUCCAGUAUUUGACCGAGGACGGGUUCAGGGUGAGCCGGACUCACUUCGACCCGACGGGGGUUCGAACCGACGCCACGCUGGUGCAGUUCAAAUCGGUCCUGACCAAGUACAGCGUCCCCACGUACACCACGGCCACGGCCACGCAGACCAGCACACAGUGACACCGGACUCCAGCUCAGCUUAUUUAUUCCUCCCAUCGUCCCUUUUUAAAGACGCGUCUCCUUGUUUUAAUGUCGUAUGAAAAUAAAGUUUUUCUGCUAAACUUGA